AUGGACUCCCCUGUCGAAAACAAGGCGUCCUAUGCUGCCGACAGUGCUGACGAGAAACAAGCCGCCGAUGCCCUCUCCUACUCCUCCGAGUCGAGUGUCCCCCCGAGGCGGAAAUUGCCCAUACCAUUGCAGCUCCUCAUGAUCAUAUUGACCUGCCUAUGUACCUUUGGCAACCACUGGUCCAAUGGCCUCAUUGUCGCACUCAAAACAACUGUCAUCAAGGAGACCCACAUAAACAACUCCCAGUUCGCGACAUUGGUUGCCAUCACUAGUCUAAUCAACACAUUCCUAUGCAUCGGCUUCGGUUUCUGUAUAGACAAGUGGGGUGGCGCACCAACCUCGGUCGUCUUCGCUGGCUUCCACCUUGCCGGGUCCAUCAUCCUCGCGGGCGCUGCCACGAAUAACCUCAACAGUUACCCUCUUCUUAUUGCUGGCAAGGUGGUUGCGGCUAUCGGAGACGGGUCGCUGGACAACGCUCAGCACAGGAUCUUCUCAACGUACUUCGCUCCUGGGCGCGGUUUUGCAGGAUCUAUCGUUAUGUUUUUGAUGACCGUAGGAGCAAUAUGGGGCGUAGCCAACCUCGCGCAGUUCACCGGCCAGGCUACCGCCAACAUUAUCACGGAGCGUCUAGGCUCCUACGCCUAUGCGAUGUGGAUAAGCGCUGCAAUUGGUGGCUUCUCCUUCCUCUGCGCCGCCACUGUCGUGUUCCUCGACCGCUACCUGCGCACGCACUACGAUAUCACUGACCACACAAGCGGCAAGCAGCACACGGGUGCGACACGGCGCGCCGCCUUCCGCUUCUCUGCAAUCCGCCGCCUUCCGAUCACUUUCUGGAUCGUCGUCGCGUUCGCCGUCUUUGAGAACGCAGGUGUGCAGGCGUUUGUGUCUAUCUCGACGCAAUUCGCGCAGCAACGCCUAAAGAAGGGCGCUGUCAUUGGUGGAUGGGUCUCGAGCUUCUAUCUGCUGCUUCCCGCGUGCUUGACGCCGUUCCUGGGGAUCUACAUUGAUGCCUUCGGGCAACGGAUAAGCUUCUUGCUCAUUUCCGGCCUUACAUUCCUCAUUUCCAUGCUGCUGCUUAGGUUUUCGGAGACCGUUCCUACCUUUAUUGCGGCAUAUGUCUUUUACGCGCUGUCGCAGUGCGUGACGCCAGCGCCGCAAGUGGAGAUAGUGCGGAACAUCAUCCCUGACCCACAAGACUAUGGAACCGGAUUUGCCAUCAAGAAAUCCGUAGUUCAGGCGUCAAUUGUCAUCAUCACGACGGCGGCAGGCAAACUGCAGGACAUGUCGCCGACCAACUCGCUCGAGUCUGCCGUGAGCCUUUGGCUUGCGUACGCCUUCAUCUCCGUCGCGAUCGCUAGCGUGCUCCUCCUCAUCGCGUACAUCUCGCCCGAGACGCUGCCCGCCGCGCGUCUUUCCGAGGUGUCCCCGCGUGCGCUACCCGCAGAAGUCGAGCGCCUUUGCGAGCGACGCGGUGUAGACAUGCCGAAGGAGGAGCUCGAGGCGGCGGUGAGUGAGGUCAAGGCGAAGGAGCGCCGCCUGAAGGCUGUCGACCCGCGCGCAGAGUGGGCACGGUGGGCAUGCCUCGUGGGGGGCGCUGCGGUCAUCGUGAUCGGGUGGAUCAUGUUUGGGCUCGGCAUCGAGUGGGGCGUGCACGGCAACGUCAUUGCGGGCACGGUAGGGUGGUAG